AUGGAAUUCAGAUACAGAGCCAACGACGGUGAUCGACUACCUCCUGCGACGGACUCGACAACGCCUUCUCAGUCGCUGAACCCUAACUCUUCCUUCUUCUCCGUGUCGCCACUUCCAGGAGAAGAAAGUGAGGAUCAUGUUCGUGAAGCUAUUAAACGUGAAAUCGAAAAGGAACAAAUCCGGCAAGAGAUCAUUGCUGCAGAAACAGCGAGAAGAAGAGAGCUUAUAGCCGAGGUUGUACAAGAGAUGGCCAUCGAGAGAGAAAUGGCCAUAAGAAGAGUCGCUGAGACGAAGGGAAAAUCGCUAACUCAGAAUAAGAACAAUGGCUUAUUCAGACAAAAAUGUAGUUACACAGGAGCUACAACAUCACCAAUGAUGCAUCUGCUUCCACUCCAGCAAAUGCCUGAAGCUACAGAAACAUCAAUCAUGGAGCCUGUCAAGGAGAAGUUGAUUGUACUGGAGAGGGCUGAUUCUGAAGGAGAGGAUACUGAUGAAACUGGUCUUGAAAGAGGAAAGCGUAAAGCAGAUGGUGAUGAGAAGGAACCUUUUGGAACGAAAAGGCUCAAGUCAACACGUGAGUUCAAGUUUUGGUGCGACGUUUGUAGUGUUGGGACCUAUAGUGAAACAGUCAUGAGGAGUCAUAAUGUAGGAAAAAAACAUAUGGCUGCUAUUGAAAAACAGAAGGAGCUACCGGAGAUUACGUCGGCUGCGUCAUCCUCCCUCAUCACUGCUCCUGCUUCCGUCACAGUGCUUGAAAAUGCGAAUGUGGAGGAUCAGAAAGUGGAUGCAAUGGCGCUGAAAGAAACGGGAAUGAAGACGGUGAUGAUGAUUCGGUGUGAAACUUGUGAUAUUGUGACGAAUUCUGAGAAGAUGAUGAAGAUUCAUAAGCUUGGGAAGAAACACAAGGCUCAGCUUAAGAAACAGUGUCCUGAGGAGGUGAUGGUGGAGGCUCAACAGAACCGCAAGCCUCUUGAUGUUUCAGAUACCAAUAUCAUUUAA